GUAAAGAAACACUCUUUUUUUAUUUUUUUGCCGUGCUCGUCAGCACGUCCAUGUCCACGUUGUGUUGGUGUUUUCAUCUCAUGAAAUGUUUCAAUUUGUCUAUUUUUAGUAGCAAGUUUCUUUUUGUUUAUUAGUUCUUCUUUUUUGUUGUUGUUGUUUUCUUUCUUUUUUGACUUUCCCAGCAUGUACAUACAUAACAAUGUACAUAGGAGCUUGGAUAUAUAGCAGUGGGUCGGUUUGGGGCGAUGUUUCUGCUGCUCUGAUUUAACGUCACAUCUGAGGAAUGUCUCGCAAUGUUCAUCUCCUCGAUCUCACUGGAUCCACCACGCAUUGUUUGUUUGCGCCCCGAAAGCUUCGCCUAUAUAUCCCGUUCUGUUUAUAUAGUUUCCAUAUACAUAGCUCACUAAUGGCUAGGUGUUUGGAUUUAGAUUUGGCUGUCUAUAAGGUCAAACCCGCGCCCGUGCGAGGUGUUUUGAUGAUAGGCUAAGGUAUCGCCAAUGGAUUUGAUUUACAUAAGGAUAUCUUUGGGAAUAUGAUUUGUUUUUAAAAUGUUUAAAUACUAAGAAGAUGCUUGUAUGGCAUCAUAUAAUUAUUUGCAAAGCAGUUAUCAUUGAUUUUAUUUGAUUUUUUAUUAAUAAGAUGUCAAAAUAUUAGGGAUCAUUUGCACAUCAUUUUUAAAAAAAAUAACAUUGUAUCUAUUCUUAGCUUAGUAUAAUUUAUAUAAAAUUCAUAAAAAAAACUUUUUUAUUAGACUCUUUAUCUUAGUAUUUGGUACUUUUCCGUUUCAGUUUUCCAACUUUAAUUUAUUUUGCAAAUCUUCAAGUAUAAUGUGUCUCUUAUUUUAAUAAUAACCAUCUAGCACCUCAUUAAAAAGCAUUACCCAUAAGGUAGAACCUUAUAAAGAAUAGCUUAAGAUUGCCUCUGCUCAUGCAGCCGUCGUAAAUAGUUAUAAAACCAUAAAUUGGUUACCAUGGCGCUGAUUUCAGCUGAAAAUAUAGAUACUAUAGAUAUGGCGUAGCUAUCUGCACCAGGCAUAGACAAUUAUAAACAACAUGUUUUGGUAAUGUUACGCUUAGAUUCGCGAUACUACUAGUGUAUGGCAAACAAAGGGCAUAAACAAGACCAUGCACACCAUACACAUGUCCUGCUAAAUAGUCCCCAUCGAUGGGUUUGAUGGAGCUUUAUCGCUAACACGGCCCCUAAAUCAAUAUUAGUCUUAUCUUGACCAACUGUGAGAAUUCGCACAGACUGCUGCUGGCCCAAAGAUAUUGGCCCUCAGCCAUGACAGAAACUGCUAUCCAUAACCAGCGACCGCACUCGAGUUUCACUUUCCGCACGACAUGGGUUACUGGUCGGAGACUCGAGCCUGGAUCUUCCGUGAUCCGGCCAAGCUCAUCCGCUAUCUUGUACUUUUCGCUUGCUGCAUUGUGGUCAUUGUCCAGUUGUACGAGUGUUUUUCCAAGCUCUAUGAUCCACCCAUCUCCACGCAUUCCUACUACAAUCUGAACGAAACCAUAGAAAUGCCUGCGGUCACCAUAUGUCGGGAACCGCCUUACAAAGAGGAUGUGCUAACGCACCUUUCUGGAGGUGCCUGUCCUCAUCCCAAAUAUGCUACCUGUUGGAUGAACUAUCCCUUUGGAGAAGUAUCCUUGGAAGAGUUCUUUGAAAAUAGCACACAUAACAUGGGAGAUACUUUUGUAUUUUACGGACUAAAUGAAGAUAUGAAUAAUGUGGUUAUGGAUAGUAGUCUACAUUUUUAUAUGGGCCGGUGCUAUACCCUUCGACCCAAGGAGCCCGCCAAAAGAGUAUCCAAAGACGUAGGUUACUCCAUAAUGCUAGAGCAUUCCAUACUGACUACAUCCACCAGCGAUGUGGAUACAGGUGGAGUCGGCUGGCAUGUGUUUAUACACGAUAAGAAGGAAAACUUUACAGAAAUCAACAUGAAGGGUUCUGGUCGAGUCGAGUAUGUUUUUGUGAGUGUAAAUGAGGAAAUUGAGAUCAAGCUUCAAACCCAAUACUUUUCCAAUGUCCAGACCAGAGAAGAAGCCUGUUCCUACGAUGAGAAUUACAGUGACUUGAAGUGUGGGGAACAAUGCAUUUGGCAGGAUUUGGCUGAUAAUAUGCAGUGCUCAGGGCCUUGGAUGCACGAAAUUGCCAGUGAACCCUGCAACGACUCUGUUUCAAUGAGAAAACUAAUAUCGGAUUAUAAAGAUGUUUAUGAAAAUGAGGAUGAUUUUGACUGCGACUGUAUUCAGCCCUGCCAAUCGAGAAUCUAUACAACAUUCAUACAAAACCGCAAGACCUUCAACCAACCAGAGCCCCGCACUCAAAUCUAUAUAUACUACACAACCAAACUGAUAUCGAUGAUUGAAGAGCGUCCCAGCUAUGACACCACACAAUUUAUAGCCGAUGUGGGUGGAUCCCUUGGAUUUCUGCUGGGUCUGUCUGUCUUGGGAUUGAUUGGAAUACUAGAACAUUUGACUCUCUUUUUCUGUGGCGGAUUCAUUAAGAGGAUGCAACAGAAAGAGCAGGCUAAGUUGGCUGAAAAUUCCGAGGAUGGUCAGUCUCAAACCAGUGAUGAGACCAUCGAUAUAGCCAUCGCUUAUAAGAAGAAGGAUAAAAAGCAAACAAAAUAUUGAG